AUGCUGCUGCUAGCAGAAGCCGGACGCUCUCUGAACAAGGAUUUGACGAGCCUCUUCAAACACAACAUUCAUACAUCACGAGUUCUUGAACGGCUUGUGCACGAACUUCACAGCGACAAAGAGCUAUGCAGUUAUUUAUUUCUUAAUCAUCCCGGCUCGGAGGACAUGCUAUGGGGUCUCAUGAAUCUUCUAACAGAAGAUUCCCGGUGAGUUUACCAUUACAGCUUUUGUUUAUGUCUAUACAUCAUGAUCAGACACAUGCCACCCAGGGAAUUUAUACGGUUGUAAAAUUGUCAAGUUAUAAGCUUAUCGUUUCCAAACUAUCGCAGGACAAAACUCGAGGAAAAAGGCGGCGUGUUGCGAAGGUGAUGUUAAUGAAAAGAUAAGUUAGCCUUUGUUGUUGCCGUGUUUUUGUUUUGAAUACGAGAAGAAAACAGCUGCGUUAAGUUGUAGGGAAGGUGACAAAUUGUUCUUUUGUUCACUCUCCGAUCCAGGAUACUCGUUUAUAACGUUAUGGAAAAUCAAUUUGUCCGACUAGGCGAUAAAAAAAGGACAUUUCUUCGCAGGAAAUAUGCUAACCAUUUGCUUCGUUUAAAUUAACAUUAAGCUUAAACAAAUAACUUUUCGAGGUAAGGAAAUUAAUGGAAAGACCAAAAUGUAUCACAAUGAGGUCGUUUUAAGCUUUUUACAAAUACGAUAAUUAAGGAAAUGAGAUUGUCAACCAAAACCGGCUAUAUUACUCCAAAUAUUGUCCGGCCAUUUAUAACGACUCUUUUUCCUGUGUUAUCCCAAACCUGUUAACUUGAGCUCAGGCUUAAUUUUUUCGUAUUAUCUGUGAACUUUUUCUUGCAGAGGCUAAGACGUCAUUGUAUUUACUUUUCCUAAUCCAAUAUUUCCGCAAGCUGUAGGGGGAAUGUAUUUUAAGCUUACAUUUGCACAACUAGAUUUACAUGUCUAGAUACCGUCAGUUUGUGAGGAAGCAAUUAUCGCUUUGGAGCGUUUUAACAAAGUUUGUUGUCAUUUCUUGAGUUGUCUCGUCUUAGCUAAAAGGUUUUUCUUUCAUUUAUGCUAAGAGGUGAUAAUUAUUGUUGUCAUAAACACCUUGGUUGUAAUAAGUGUAAGCCAUUAUGAUUUGAACAUUUAAGUGACUCUUAAAAUGAAAUGGAAUAACAUUUAGGGAAUGAGGGAUUCAGGAAAUCAAGUAUAUCUUUUAAGAGCACAGUUUUGUUUCAAGAAUUUUUUUCUUUUAUUUUUUCCUUUUGUGAAUAAUAAUAAUUGAAAGUCAUAUUCAUUUGUCUGCUUGAUUUUUAUACCUCUACCUUUACAAACUAAUAAAGUAACAUCUCACAAUGACAAGAAAAUCAUUUUUACAGCUUGCCAUUUGGGCUAGCUGAAGCUAGCAUUUACUAGCCCAGACGUCAUUUCAACUAGCCCCAAAUGCAGAAUUGAUUUCACACUUCUUCUGUUAUUCGAAUUCCUCAAAGAACAUUACUUGCCCGUUGGGCAAGUUAAAAACAGAUUUCACUAGCCCGAUAGCAAAAUCCACUAGCCCUGGGCUAUCGGACACUACUUUCUUUGCACGCUGGACAAAUGUUAGUUGAGAGAAAGUUUUUAUGUGUUGAUAUUCACUUUAGCUUUUUUGUUAAUCAUUAUUUUUUUCUUUGAGUUUUGUGUAAUAACACAGCGAACCACACGUUCAAGCCAUUACUGCAAAUGAAAUUCGACACAGAGCGUGAAAAUUACAAUAUUAUAACAUUUUGAUUCUAUGAUAACAAUAUAUUUAUGUUUGUCACAGAAUCAAAAUUUGGCCAGUUUUCCUAUAUAUAUGUAAAGGGCUUUAUGGUAACAGGACUGAGUGGAGUCCAAUUUGGUCUCUAAUCAUACGAGUGAUCAACAAAAUCGGACAACCGCGUCAUGGGAGUCCGAUUUGUUUAAUCACAAGUAUGAUUACAGACCGAAUUGGACGACACGAGGUUCUGUUACAAAUUAAUCAUAACUUUAACAAAACGUCACUGUGAUAUAUAUGGCUCUUUUUAAAAUCAAAACUCAAGAAAUUCCAAGAUUUUCUAGCUAGCAAAUGAAAAAAAAGCUUUAUAAGCAUGCGCGUGAUGGCGCAUACUGUCCAAUUACUUAGGCAUGACGCGUACUGUCCUAUUAAGGCUGAAAUCAGGGCAGUUGAUAACCAAUCAGAUUUGAGCAUUUUGUUAUAGUUUUGAUUAAGAACAUAACUGGUGAUAUACUUUGGUGAACAUCUGAUUUUAUAUCAAUUUUUUGUGAAUUGUUGGAAGCUGACCUAAUAUGACAAUGAUCAGGCAUCCUUCGGGUCAGCAUUGAUCAGCCUUCGAACAACUGGGGCCCAGUAGUACAACAUUCCAAGUGGUAACCCAGAUGUUUUUGUGAGUUUGGUGCAUUUUACUUUAGGACUCCAACUUUUCCACUUUUCAAGUAAAAGAACUGAAGAGUUUUACAAUGAGAUAUUUUAAUGAUGUUUCAGCACCGCUGGGAAUGCAUCCUAUGUCAUUGGCACACUAGCAGAGACAGAUUUGGGUAAGAGAAGGAUUGUACAAAUAUGCACAGACAAAGGUGAUCAAGCAAAGAAAAUCUUACCAGCACUGACCAGUAUGUUGGAUAUGGUUGACACAGAAACUGUCAUGAAUGCUGCAGGGACCAUGGGUACCCUGGUAGGAUUAAAAUUCAUUCACUCUUAUAUUUUAUGGCAUGAUGAUAUUUUUGUAAUUCUUUAUUUAAAAUCUUUGGACCAAANCAGCCUUCGAACAACUGGGGCCCAGUAGUACAACAUUCCAAGUGGUAACCCAGAUGUUUUUGUGAGUUUGGUGCAUUUUACUUUAGGACUCCAACUUUUCCACUUUUCAAGUAAAAGAACUGAAGAGUUUUACAAUGAGAUAUUUUAAUGAUGUUUCAGCACCGCUGGGAAUGCAUCCUAUGUCAUUGGCACACUAGCAGAGACAGAUUUGGGUAAGAGAAGGAUUGUACAAAUAUGCACAGACAAAGGUGAUCAAGCAAAGAAAAUCUUACCAGCACUGACCAGUAUGUUGGAUAUGGUUGACACAGAAACUGUCAUGAAUGCUGCAGGGACCAUGGGUACCCUGGUAGGAUUAAAAUUCAUUCACUCUUAUAUUUUAUGGCAUGAUGAUAUUUUUGUAAUUCUUUAUUUAAAAUCUUUGGACCAAAUUAUGAUGUGUUAGUGUUAAAAUGAAUCAUUUUGGUACACCUUUUGCUUAGUAUAAAUAUUUAAAAUGCUGAUCAAAAGUUAAAGUUACCAAAUCAAUAGUUGUGUGGAUAAGAUCAUUAAGAGUAUAAACUAAAAUUCCUAAAACUAAAGAAACAUUAAUUAUUGUUAUAUCUUUGAACAAGGCUGAAGAUGGUGAGUGUCGACUAUGGAUGCUGAAAGAGGACUGUUUAGAUGAGGCCAUUGUAAAGCUUACGUAUCUGCUCUCUUCUAAAGAUAUGUGUACAGCAAGCAAUGCUGCUUUGGUUUUAGCCAGGUGUUUUGCAGUUUUUAUACUUAUUAGGUUAUAACACUGAAUAUAAGACAGUGAAAAAGAUGGUCAACAGAAACAAAAAAAUUCUUAGCUACCAAUGCAACAGAUCAUAGUUUUUUCUUUUCACAAAAGUCUACUUUAGUAAUGUGUUAGAUUUCGAUUUUUUAGUGAGAUACCGAACAGAAAAUGGCUUUGACUCUAUUAUGUAGGUUCAAAAGGCAUUUGGGGCAAAUUUCCAGUGGUGAAUGGGAUAAUAGGUAACAUUUUUCAUGUAGGUGUUUGUAGCACUAAGUAAUGUUUCAUUAACACAGUAAGAUUGUUUUCUGCCUUUUUUAUCAUGCUCCUAUUGUUGUGUCUGGUGUUAGUGGACAAAACACUGAGCCCCCAGUCCAAGGAAUACCCCCGUGGACUACCGUAAAAUGGACUACACCACUGAAGUUUAGAGAUUAGGGUGAGGAAACUGAGUGAAUCAAGUUUUAGGUCAGUUUUCCCAGCAUAGUGACCCUAAAUGGAACCUGAUUCACUCAGUUUCCUAACCCUAAUCACUAAACUUCAGCAUUGUAGUUCAGUUUAAGGUAGUCCAUAUGGGUAGCUAUAGUCUAUAGGGGUAGUCCAUGCACGGACUGCGGGUCAGUGUUUUUUCCACCACCAACUGGUAUUAGUGUGAUGUACAGUUAGAGCAAAAUACAAAAUAAAGUUAAUGUAGUAAGACAGUAUUUCUCGAUAGUUUGCAAAGUUUACAUAGUUUGUUCAGUAAUUUACCUGAUUGUUAGAACCACAGCUAACUCCUAUAUCACAAUGAUAAAAUUAUAGUCUGCUGUCUGUUCAUGCUUCCAGGAUCCCAGUCAUGUAGUGAAAUAGAUGUACCGUUAUUUUAGUGGGAUUAAUGGGAUUUCUUUUCAUAAUUUUAUACAUCACAGGCUUACAAUCGCUGAAGAAGGAUGUGCUAGAAUUUUAAACCAUCGAAGUUCCAGUCAUAUACUGGUGCAACUGACAAGAGCAUUAGGCAAUGAUGAGACAGGUACGGCACAAUGAUGAGGCAAUGAAGCUACUGUGGGUAUUUUUAAAGCUUUUUUGUGUGUUCUCGAAAAAUUCAUUUUUUAAUUUUUAUGCUCACAAUAAUAUAUUGUCAAUUUUUUGGUUAUCCUCUCUUUCAGUUAACAAUAUUAUUGUGAUAUAUCUGAUGCCAAAAGAGAGUAAAAUCAAACUGGAUAUUUUCAUUAAUUUUGAAAAAUUACCAGUGAUUUUGAAUUCUUAACAUAAUCAUUUUGCUGAAGAUUCCAUACACUAUUGCUCUGUNUCUUUUCAUAAUUUUAUACAUCACAGGCUUACAAUCGCUGAAGAAGGAUGUGCUAGAAUUUUAAACCAUCGAAGUUCCAGUCAUAUACUGGUGCAACUGACAAGAGCAUUAGGCAAUGAUGAGACAGGUACGGCACAAUGAUGAGGCAAUGAAGCUACUGUGGGUAUUUUUAAAGCUUUUUUGUGUGUUCUCGAAAAAUUCAUUUUUUAAUUUUUAUGCUCACAAUAAUAUAUUGUCAAUUUUUUGGUUAUCCUCUCUUUCAGUUAACAAUAUUAUUGUGAUAUAUCUGAUGCCAAAAGAGAGUAAAAUCAAACUGGAUAUUUUCAUUAAUUUUGAAAAAUUACCAGUGAUUUUGAAUUCUUAACAUAAUCAUUUUGCUGAAGAUUCCAUACACUAUUGCUCUGUUAUUAACCUUGCUAAAUUACAACAGGACGGGGCAUGAAUGCAGCAUUUGCCAUUGGAAGACUGUGUGAUUUUGAAGCUGGCUGUAAGAGAAUGUUAUUUCUAAAAACAUCUGAAUUGAUGGUAAGUACUUGUUAUCAAUGAAUGUUUUUGUACCUUGACGUUGUUAAGCAACUGACAUUGCUGGUUAGCAGCAUUACUUAUUUGAAGGUGUUCUUUCCAGUGCAAAGAACCCUUUAAAAUCACUAGCUGGUAAAUCCUGUAAAUGGUCCUUGUCAAAAGUGGAAAAACCGUAUUAGAAGGGUCUAUUUUAACAAGAAGACUAGAAGGGCUCCCUGUCACUUACCGGUAUUCUUACUAAGCUCGCUCCAAAAGCCAUGUGAGUAUCCUGCUUCUAAAAAAACCUGGGGGAGAGGGGGAAUUUGGGAGAACUCGACCCAUUUUUUAGCACAGUCCUGAGAGCUGCUGGGAGUUUGGAACUGUGAUCCUAUAUCAUGAAAAGUAACAGCUGCAAAAUAUCUGGUCAUGUGGAGGAUAACAGCCUCUAUUGCAGCACCUUAUUUACGGUAAAAGAACAUCAUUCAUUCUCUCAUUCUCCCUUGUAACUGGCUAAAUAAAUGUAUCACUCCUCAGAUUCAACUAUACCCUGUAGGAUGGGUUCAGACAAUGAUUAGGACAGACUCAAUGGAAUUAUAUACCCUGUCCAUGGUAGAGAGUCCAUCAACCACACCCAUUAUAGUGGCAUGUCCCCAUAUAGGCCAUGAAUUGUGAGACUCCCCACACCACCCCUCUCCAAGACUUCUGACUGCCCAGAAAUAUAGUUUUAAUGAAUAAGCAGCAAAGUUGAGGAACUGCUAGGUCAUUAGUGUUUUCUGUCAAGUAGAUUUAAAUCUUUGAAGGACUGAUCAUGAAUUUUGUAAUAUAUUUUUUUGACAGAUCAACUCACUUAUUGACAUGUUACAUGCUAGUGAUUCUGGCUGUUGCAAGAAUGCUUGCUUUGCCCUCAGCUGCAUAGCAUCCUUAGUUCAAGGUCAUCAGCGACUUCUGGAACAUAUUCGAAUUAACAGUGUUGUAGAAAUGCUCUGUUCAUUGUUAGCUUCCAAGGAUGAAGAAAGCAUAUGGUUUGCAUCAAUGUGAGUAAAUUAAUAUCCCUUAUUUACCUUUAUUUUUCCUUCAUCACCUGUUGACAGGACAGAACAAGAGCACUGGCUGUAGUUUUAAGAUUAAAUUGUUAUAAUUAAUGCACUCAUAGGGUUUCAAGUUAUCAUUUUCAAUUAAUUGGCUCUCUUAAUUUGUAGGAUGUUACAUACUCUUGCUUCACAGAAAAGGGGUUGUUUGUAUCUUAGGACUCAGCAUAAUGUUAAAAAUUCAUUAGAGGUAAGUUAAUACUGGGUGUGGUCGUCAGUUCACUUGUGUGAUAACAUUACUCAGGGUUUCAGUACUGUCCAACUUUAUUUUGAAAUUCACGCAUCAAUAUUGCACCCUAUUCUUCACUUCCACAUCAGUUUACAGAGAGAGAUUUGCUGCAAAAGAAAACCAAAUUUUGACAUGAAAAACCACUCGGUAUUGAAAACCUCGAAACACAUGUACAUACGCUAGUGUGGAAUGUUUGUCUCACCUCCAUGUGCUCAGUACAGCGUUUUCCUGGUGGCCACUCUCUUCAUUUAGCCUUUUGAACAUUCUUUUACCCCCAUACCAUCCCUCCCCCCGCCUAUAUUCUUCCACUGAUAAAUAAGUGUUACAGCUGUUUAAUCAGGUUGUGAGGAUUGCACCUACCACUCAUCAAUUCAGGCAAACAUUGAUCAUUUUGUUGGGUACAUGCUGUAGGUACUUUUACAGAGACCACAUCUUAAAGAGGAUACAAAAGAAGAGGCUAAGGCCACUGCAGCUAUACUGGAAAAAUUGCUAAAACCAAAACCACCUAAUAUUAAAGGUACUGGUAUAAUGGUAUAAUGAAAUCAUUUUUAUUUUCAUGUUUUGAAAUACAACUCUCUAGAAAAUAUCUACACAAGUUCCGCCAUGAAGGGUUUCUUGGUUUGAAUGUCCCAGAGUUCUUGAAAUUUUAGUGUAGUUUUAUAUAUUUGUUCUCUAUUCCCCUCUCCUCUUACACAAUUAAGUAACCAAUUUCUUGUUUGCAUUUUGUCACCGUUGCUAACUGGGUAAGUUUAGUACUUAAUACAGUCUACAGGUCAAACCUUGUCAAUAUGGAUAUAUUAAGUGGCUGUAGAAAGUGUUUGUAUUAACGGGGUGUCAGUAUUUAACCUGGUUGAAUUUAGAGAAAAUGUGAGAGCUUUCUUUCCCCGGAGACAAAGCAAACUGCCCGUAAUAAUGAGGUGUCCGUAAAGUGGGGUUUGAUGUACCUGUUCUGCACUGGCUCGCGAUUGAUCUUUGGAUUGAAUUUAAAAUUCUUACUGUUACUUACAAGAUUCUCCAUGGACUUGCUCCUGUUAUAUUAAAGAUCUUCUUCAAAGUUACCUCUCGGCACGGGAUCUUAGGUCUUCAAUGAAAAAUCAACUUGCUGUAACUGCUUUUAACAUAAACAGUUAUGGCCGUCGGGCUUUUUCUGUUCCUAUGCCGCUUCUUUGGAACAGUCUUCAUCAGCAUAUUAAGGGAUGCUGGAUCACUGGACAUUUUUAAAAGACAGUUGAAAACUGUUCUUUCUAGACAUACUUUUUUCAAUUGAUGACUUGAUUUUGGUGUUUUUAUAUCUUUUUUUUUAUCUUUAGUUUUUGUAGUAUUUUAUUGUGGUUUUAAAUUUUUACUUUUACUGUAGUCUUAAGUUUUUUAAACUUGUAAAUAGCACCUUUGGACCAUGGGAAAGGGUGCUUUAUAAUUUUUUCAUUAUUUAUUUUUAUUUAUUUUAUUCCAGUAUACUGUCAACAGCUCAAAAAUAUUCUUGUCAACUUAUUUUAUGUAACUUAUUUCAUCGAAAACAAUAAUAUGAUUAAUAUAAUUUUUUAUGAUAAAACAGGAUCUGUUGAUUUCAGCAAUUAAAUAAAAUUGCUGGAUAGUGUUAGUUCUAGUGCUUUUACCAAUUUUACUACAAGUGGAGCUAAUGAAAUGACAUCCAACUGGAGUUAAGUGGAGGGUGGUAAAUUUCAGGGGAAAUUGUGAUCAAUUAAGGGAAAGAAAAUUUACCUCGAGUUAGCGGGGAGUUUGAGUUACAGUCAACUCUCUCUUAAUGGACACCUCUACAAGACAGACACCUCUGUAAAACGGACACCUAGAGUUGGUCCCUGCUUUUCUUUACUCCCUUUAUUUGACUCUCUAUAAGACAGACUUCUCUCUAAGAUGGACACAUAGUACUGGUCCCAAAGGUGUCCAUCUUAGGGAGAGUUGACUGUAUCUGAGUUUGAGUUAACCAAGUAAAAAUGACUGAAAAGUGGGGUGAAAUCCAAGGGAAAUUGGACUCAGUUCGAGUUAGCAGGGAGUUGAGUUAUCUUAGAUCGAAUUAUUCUGUACUUGUAUUUUAAUCUUUUAAAAACAAUAAUAUUUGGUUUUAAUUUUGUAGUUGAGAGUGCUUAUUGUAUUAUUGUAACGUGGGAUGCUAUUCAUCCAAAGAGUGGACUUGAUGUAACAUAUCUGCUUUUCAAAGGUAACAUAGUCUUAACCUGUGGACCUUAAUCAUUUCAGUGGAUAAAAUAAAUGUUUUAGAUCCUCUAAAUCGGGGCUUGAAAAAAAUUUGAGUUCCAGCUUGUCCUUUAAGCAAGAAUAGAAGGUUUCACAUUUUUCUUGCCUAGAGCUACUUAUUGCUCCUUUUAAAUAGUUAUUAAUAAUGAUUUUGUUAGAGGAUGGGUUGUUUCGACCUUUCCCCAUGGGGCAAGUAAGCUUUAAAAGUUACUUGCCCAGCAAGAAAAUCCACCUGUUCCGGAUUACCGGACAAGACUUUUUUCAAGCCCUGGCCUAAACUAAAUAACUUUGUUAUUGAAGUGGUAGUGGUGCUAUUCUAGGUAAUGGUAUGAUUUAGGUUCCUGGUCCCAGUUGUUCAAAAGUUGGAUAGUGCUAUCCUCUGGAUAAAUCACUAUCCAGCAGACAAGUAUUUACAAAAGCAAUAAAUUGCAUUAUCCCCCUGAGAGAGAUAUAUUCAUUCUGUGGAUAUACAAUAGUGCUAUCCACCUUUUGAACAACUAGGCCUGUAUGCUAGGUGGGUAUUAUUUUUGAUGUGGUUUGUUUUAUACUGACAAGGCUUUCACUCCCAAGAGUGGUCUGUGUAUAAAACUCAAGAAAAAAACCUCCUUGCUUAUUUACUAUUUUUUUGUAUUAAAAUUUCACAGAUGGAGUAACAGUUUACUCAGGGUCAAGAACCAGUUACAUAGCAAAUGAUCUCACACCAGUCACAAGAUACAGCUUCUAUCUUCAAGCUUCUACGGAGGGUGACGACAGUCCUUUUAGCAAUGUUGUAUCUGUUGUUACUCCAGAAUCAGGUACGUUUUGUGAUCAGUAGGGUACACUCGGGUUCAUCUUAUGGAGACAAUAACUUGCGCUAGAUAUCUUAACCCUUUGAGCCCCAAUAUCUACAUACAAAUUCUCCAAACUAAUCUCUAUAUAUUUCCUUAAAGAAUGAGUUGAGAGUAUUUGACAAAAGAUCAAAGCAUUUUCUCUUAGGUGAUCAUUUUAUUAAUUCUCAUAACCUAGUUUCUUGACAAUGUACGNAGAUAUCUUAACCCUUUGAGCCCCAAUAUCUACAUACAAAUUCUCCAAACUAAUCUCUAUAUAUUUCCUUAAAGAAUGAGUUGAGAGUAUUUGACAAAAGAUCAAAGCAUUUUCUCUUAGGUGAUCAUUUUAUUAAUUCUCAUAACCUAGUUUCUUGACAAUGUACGGAUAUCAUUGGGAGAAAAUUGAUGUUGGUCACUAUUGGGACUUAAAGGGUUAAUAGCACCUAUAGCACAGCUCUUUAAAAUAAUUGCCAAAGUAUCCUGGCCACUUUCUGAAGAUCUCUUGUGGUACUUACAGAAUAGUCGAAUAUGCAUGUAAAGCAGACAAUAGGCACAGCACACGCCUUCACCUUACAAUUUCAUUGGUAAAUGUUUGUUUUUGCAAGAAAUUGGAACUUUUCUCUGGUGGCCCAAAGAAGAAUAGCAUUUGCAGUUGGUGGUUAUAGAUAAGAGUAAGAGGUUCUCUUUUGUUACAAGGGACUCAUGAGAUUUCAACUUAGUCCUACAAUACCAUAAACUGCUGCUUAUAAUUUUGCAUAGAUUUUUUAAGAAUUUAUGUUAAAAUCUGUCUUUUCUGAUGAGAUGCUACAAGUGCUAUAUAAAUAUUUUAUUAUUAUUUAUUAUAUUUUAUUAUGUUCUUAAAGUCAAAUGCUUAAGUUUUCUGUUUUCCGUCAGCUAGCACAAAGAAUGAAACUCCCAUCAUUGACUAUGUACAGGACAUUUUUUUGACAUUGUUGAUCUUAUCUAUGUCCAUGACACAUGUCACAAAAAACCAACCUACAUGUAAUCUGUACAGUGGCAGACACAGAAAAAAGGGGGGCAGUAGACUUGCCAGCUUUAUAAGUACUGUUUGUUAUUGCUCAAGAAAAUUUGAGAGCAUCCUUCAGGGCUUGAAAAAAGUCUCAUACCGUAGUCUGGGACAAGUAGAUUUUCUCAGGAGGGAAGUCAAGCAUUAGUUGCCCUGGCCAGGAAAGCAAAAAGUGAGAGCUUCUUGCCCAAAGGACAAGCUUAAUUUCAAGUUUUUUUCUAGCCCUGAUCCAUGUCCAAAAGUCAUGGGUCUAGAACCCUCUCAUGAGUAAGUUUAAGUGUAAGUUAUGUUUAUUGUAACCUCCUUUUAACUCUUUGUUUUAGUUCCUAGUGCACCCCAAUGUCUCAGAGUCUUAAGCAAAUCAACAUCUCAGAUAAAGAUUAUUUGGGAACCACCAGCUACAUCCAAUGGAGUACUGAGAGGAUAUCAGAUUGUUGCAAGAGGUGCAGUGACGUUAAUAAAGUUUCAGACACCGAUUCAUUGGGUGAAGCCAUCUGAAAGGGUCACAGUAAUUAUUAGUAACAUUGUUUACAUGUGCCUUGAAUAUUCAAGAUUGUGCCCGUGAAUAUUAUUUGCGUGAGGCAGAGUUUACCAGGCAUUUACAAGCUUCUUCCUGAAAGAAAUACAGUAUUGCUAUUUAUAUCAGGGGUUUGAGUCUGAGAGGGAUUUUUUGUUCUCUGUAGGUAAGACAUCCAGCCUUGAAGUUCAUGAGAAUUACUUUAUUUUAUCCAGUGUGCCUCCUGAUACAGAAUGUACUUUUCAGGUUAGUUUGAACUGUCCAGUAUGGUUAAUUAAGCAGUAGGCUAAAGUUCUAUUGAGUAUGCAAGGAGCAAGCCUGCUGCAGUGGUGAGAGAACUUGUGCAUGAAGUGGUGCAGGUAUGAAUCCGAGAGAUGAUGCCAUAUGUGGGUUGAGUUUGGGCUUUCUUUUUUGCUCCAAAAGGGUUUUCUUCACAUGCUUCAGUUUUUCCGUCCCCUAGAAAACCAACUUGGUGGUCGAGGGAUAUUGAAAGAACAUACGGAAAUAAUAUCUUACAAGUCACAAAAUUAUAGUUGCCUAUUAUCAACUCAGACACUGAAGAAGGACAAAUGCAGUAUAUAUUUUUAUUAUCUUCGUAGGUGUUUGCUAUGACAAGUAAGGGCCGUGGAGAACCAGCAGUGGUAACUGCAAGUACAGAUGACUUAGGUUAG